AUGGAGAGUUUACCAUCACUACCGAUGUUCCCAGUUCACUCCGAUCCAACAACAACAAGUACAAGAUGGAAGAAGUACCUGAACAGGGUGGAAAAUGCAUUUGUUGCUUUCAACAUCACAGACGACAAGCGCCAGCGCGCGCUGUUACUACACUGGGCGGGUGAAGAAGUAGACGAUGUUUUUGACACGCUAUCAGAAACCGGAAGCGAUUUUAAAACUGCCAAAACCAAGUUAACAGAAUAUUUCUCACCAAAACGAAACAUUGAAUAUGAAAGAUUUGUAUUCAGAGAUACCAUGCAGAACAGUGGUGAGUCAAUCGAUGCAUUUCACACUCGUUUACAACGUUUGGCGAACACUUGUGAUUUCACCGAUAAAUCUCAAGAGGUCAAGUCUCAAAUAAUACGUGGUUGCACCUCAGCCCGGCUCAGACGUCGUGCGCUCAGGGAGGAAACUACGCUCGAUAAUUUAUUAAGUUCUGCUCGUUCAUUCGAAGUGUCUGAAGUUCAAGCGACUGGAAUGGAGGGAAGAAACGUCCCCAGUGCGAGUGCAACUUCAGUGAAUACAAUCAGAAAACAUCGCCAACAACGACACCGUCCACAGCGCAACGGCAAGUCUCGGCAAGAUAAACAGUCGACUAAACAAUCUUCUAAAUGCUAUAAUUGUGGUGGAAGCUAUCCACACGAUACCGUAUGCCCAGCAAAAGGCAAGUCUUGUAAUUCAUGUGGUAAACUUAAUCACUAUGCGAAAUGCUGUCGUUCAAAGGGUAAAUUAAAGCAGUCUGAAAAAGCAGAAAACGUCAAAGCUGUUCAUCAAUGUGAUUACACAUGUAGCUCCGACGAUGACUACUGCUUUACUGUGACACAAUAUUCGAACAGUCAGCCCAGAAUAACAUUAUACAUAGAACAGACACCAAUUGCUUCAUUGAUUGAUACUGGUUCUACUGUGAAUUUAAUGAGUCUGGAAACCUACAAACACCUGAAAAACCAACCAAAGUUGCACAUGCAAAGCACCAGUAAUGUAUACGCAUAUUGUAGCAGUGAACCGUUAAAUAUAGUUGGUACUUUUCAUGCUAAAUUGCAAUACAAGGACCAUAACACUGUAGCAGAAUUUCUUGUAACCAAGAAAAAUGGAGACACAUUACUAGGAUAUACUACUGCAUCCAAGCUGAGUAUAGUGUAUAUUGCAUAUCAGAUUACACCAGGCAAAUCACUUACUGACCAAAUAGUUACAAAGUAUAGUGACAGAUUCAACGGCAUUGGCAAACUGAAAGGAGUCCAGUGUGUACUUCAUGAAGACAAAACUGUAAAGCCUGUUGUACAGCCACAUCGUAGGACAGAAGAAGAGCUACAGAGACUGUUGAACUUAGAUAUUAUUGAACGGGUUGGAGAUGAGCCAACAUCAUGGGUGUCACCUAUAACCGUGGUAGAAAAGCCGAAAAAACCAGGUGAGAUUCGGAUCUGUGUUGACAUGCGAUCAGCAAAUAAGGCAAUAUUGCGUGAACGCCAUGUCACACCAACGCUUGAUGACAUAAUUGCUGACUUAAAUGGAGCAACUGUGUUCUCAAAACUUGAUUUGAACUCUGGGUACCAUCAGAUAGAGUUAGCUCCAGAGUCUCGUCAUCUAACCGUAUUCUCAACACACAACGGUUUAUACAGAUAUAAACGUCUUAAUUUUGGUGUGUGCUCAGCAGCCGAAGUAUUUCAGAAUAUGAUUAGAUCUGCACUGCAAGGCUUGAAGGGAGUACUUAACAUAAGUGACGACAUACUAAUAUAUGGUCGUGAUCAGCAAUGUCAUGAUGCCAACCUAGAAGCAUGUCUCAAACGACUCCGUGAUCGUGAAAUUACACUAAAUCAGCAGAAGUGCAGAUUCAGCAAGGGCACAGUCGAAUUUUAUGGGCAUGUAUUCAGUAAGGGUGGAGUUUCACCAGACCCCAAGAAAGUUGCAGCGCUAAAUGAAGCAAAAAGACCACAAAAUGUAGCAGAAAUAAAGAGUCUACUUGGCAUGGCGAAUUACUGCAGUCGGUUCAUUCCAAAUUUGGCAACCAUUACUGAACCACUUCGUGAACUUACAAAAAAUAACGUGACCUGGAAAUGGGGAAAGCGCCAAGAACAAGCACUGCAACAAAUCAAAGACAAGAUCUCAGUCAACUGUAAAAUGGCCUACUUUGAUCCAGUCAGACAGACAGAAGUACUUGUAGAUGCAAGUCCAGUUGGCCUGGGUGCUAUUCUUACACAGUGUGAUAGUACUGGCAGUGUUGCUGUUAUAUCACUAGCCAGUCGAUCUCUAACACCUGUUGAGCAACGAUAUUCACAAGUUGAACGAGAAGCCCUGGCGGUGACAUGGGGAGUGCUUCACUACCACUUAUACCUAUACGGACACAAGUUUGAGGUGAUGUCCGAUCAUAUGCCCUUAGUACCGCUUUUCAACAGUCCAACUGCAAAACCUCCAGCACGCAUAGAACGAUGGAUUCUCAAACUUCAGCAGUAUGAUUUUAAAGUGUCAUACCGACCUGGAAAACUUAAUCCAGCAGACUACAUGUCUCGACAUCCACUAUCUUCUGUCAAACCAACCAGCAGGGAAGAGAAAAUGGCUGAAGAACACAUAAAUUCCAUCAUACAGCAUGCUACGCCUAAAACAGUACAGAUUGAAGACAUCCAAGCAGCGACAAAGACUGAUACACCUUUGUUACUGUGCAUGCAAGCCUUACAAACUGGCAAGUGGGAUGAAGUUAUUUCACAGUCUACUAAUACAAAGGAGAAAAACACACUGAAAUGUCUGUAUGCUGUGAAAAAUGAGCUGACAGUACAUUCAUCCAGCGACCUACUACUUCGCAAUAGCCGAAUCGUAAUACCUGAAGCUCUACAACAAGCAAUCAUCAAUAUUGCACAUGAGGGCCAUCAAGGCAUCGUUAAAACAAAACAGCUCUUAAGAGAGAAAGUUUGGUUCCCUGGAAUCGAUAAUAUGGUGAAAGAAACUGUUGAGUCAUGUACUCCAUGUCAACUGAACACCGUGGAAGGUGGACGCGAACCACUAAAAAUGUCAGUGCUACCUAAGGGUCCAUGGGAGGAGGUCAGCGUUGAUUUCAGUGAUUUACCAAAUGGUGGACAUAUCCUAGUGGUAACUGAUGACUACAGCCGUUACCCCGUAGUAGAGGUAAUAAGUUCAACCGCAUCUAGAUUCGUUAUUCCAAAACUAGAUAGCAUAUUUGCGCUGUUUGGAAUACCCAGAAUAGUUCGCUCUGACAACGGCCCACCAUUCUCCAGCAUUGAAUUUGCAGCAUUUGCAAAAGAUCUUGGUUUCAAGCAUCGCAAAAUAACACCAAGAUGGCCCCGUGCAAACGGUGAGGUCGAGCGAUUUAUGCGCACCAUGAAGAAAAUAUAUCGCAUAGCACAUAUUGAAGGCAAGGCGUGGAAACAACAGUUAUACAGAUUCUUACGUAACUACAGAGCCACACCACACACGACAACCAGUGUACCACCCGCAUCAUUAUUGCUGAAAAAACCAAUGCGAGUACGUUUACCGGAAAUCAGCACACCUAGCCAUGCUGACAGCGAGCUACGUCAACGCGAUAAGGAACAAAAAACACGUAUGAAAUUAAAUGCGGACAAUCGCGAGAAUACUAACAAGAAGCAAAUUCAAGUGGGUGAUACUGUGCUGAUAAAACGGGAUGGGUACAUCAGAAAAGAUACAACCCCAUACAUCACACAUCCAUAUAGAGUUACAGAUACAAAUGGUUCCAUGAUAACCGCGAUGAAAGGUGAUCAUAAAAUAACCAGAAACUCAUCUCGUUUCAAAGUGUUGAAGGGUGAACAUGACGGCAAGACAGGCGAAGCAGAACAAGACGAAACUGAAGAGUCCACUUUGUUAGAUUCAACUCCGUCAAGCUCUGCAAGUCAACCUGCGAAUGUUCCACGUCGUGAUCAUCCGCAACGCCAACGUCAACCACCUUCAUAUUUAAAAGAUUAUGUUCGGUGUAGUAAGGCAGGUAAAUGCUGA